GCAGAGAGAGCUGCUUCCAAGCAAAGCAGCUGUGAGGGGGUACCCUGGCAUCACAUGCAGCCAGGAAGGGGCUUGAGACAACUCGGACUCUGGAAGCUGCAGGCUCUUGCUUUCCACACUCGGGGCACAGCAGCUGCAUAGUGAACACUGUCACCUUUUGCAGGGGCCUCCCAGAGCACCCACGGAAGCCAGCCAGGAUGUUCUCCAUAUUCAACAUCUGGGGCACAUUCAACAAAGUGCUCUUCUUCCUCAGCCUCACCGUCAGCCUUGCAGGGCUGGUGGGCAAUGCUCUGCUGCUCUGGCACCUCGGUCUGCACAUCAAGAAGGGCUCCUUCAACACCUACCUGCUGCACCUGGCUGCUGCCGAUUUCCUCUUCCUCUCAUGCCAAGUUGGCUUCUCUAUUGCCACGAUCGUGUCGGGCCAUGAGGACACACUCUACUUCCCGGUCACCUUCCUGUGGUUUGCCGUGGGGCUCUGGCUGCUGGCUGCCUUCAGUGUGGACUGUUGCCUCGCCUACAUGUUCCCCUCCUUUUGCAGCCCCAACCGCCGUCCCAGGUUCACUUCAGUUGUCCUCUGCCUCAUGAUCUGGGCCCUGACCAUGCCGGCCGUGCUGUUGCCAGCCAACGCCUGUGGGCUGCUGAACAACGGAAUGAGUCUGCUGGUCUGCCUCAAGUACCAUUGGACCAGUGUCACCUGGCUAGCAGUGCUGUGUGGCAUGGCAUGUGGGGCAAGCAAGUUUCUCUUAAUCUUUGGGAACUGCUGCUCUUCACAGCCACCGCCCAAGUUCUGCAAGUUGGCCCAGUGCUCUGGGAUCCUUCUGUUCUUCUGUCGCCUACCCCUGGUUGUCUACUGGUGCCUGCGGCCAGUCAUAAAAUUCCUGCUCCCUUUCUUCUUUCCACUGGCCACCCUCCUGGCCUGCAUUGACAGCAGUGCAAAGCCUCUCUUGUACUACAUGAAGGGCAGGCAGCUCAGGAAGGAGCCACUGCAGGUAGCCCUAAACAGGGCUCUAGGGGAAGAGUCCCAGUCAAGUCUUGGGGGGCUAUCCCUGCCCAUGCACCAAGUGUAG